UAUAUCUUGGUCUGCCUGACCAUCCUGAUUUGGGGUUCCCGAAGACACUUCAAGCAAAUGCCAGCAGAAGUAUGGGUGAAUGCAGUACUCUUGGUCAAAACCUGCCAUCAGGGUCAGGGCUGUGUGGCAUCAAAAGAAGUCAUUCCAGUGAUGACAGUGAUGAUGCCACCAUCCCAACCAAGGUUUUCAAAAAUGACAUUUGUAGGUUGAUUGAUUUGCCAGAGCGCCAUACGGAUCCUGGAUCAGAGACUGAAUUUUCAUUUCAGGAAGAAGAAACAGAUUUAUGUUGCCGCAGCAGCGAAACGUCUAGCAGUGAGUGGUCAGAGAGAAAUGCAGUAGGUCGUGUCGAAUUUGAAAUACGGUCACCUAAUGAAGGGCCGAAUCCUUUUGGCGAUAGCAGUACUGCGAGUGAUGCCAGUGUGAACGAGCUUCAAGUUGUUGGGCUUCCACCACCCAAGACAUGGGACAACGCAGGAAAUUCUAGCUGUGCUUCAUCAGGCAGCUCUGACGUCUUUGAUCCAGAAAUCCCGAGAAGAGAUUACUGGACGUGUCUGCAGUGCAGCAACGUGAACAACAGACCUGCAUUCCGAUACUGCGAGAAAUGUUACAAGGUGAGGCGGGACAUGUACCAGCCGCGGGUGAAACCGAGGAAGAGAAGAAAGAGGAAGAGCUCAAAGGGAGUGGCCACUGCGAGGAAUUCCAUAGCUAUGAAGGUAGUCAGUGAGAGGACUACAAGCACAAACAAAUUUCAGCCCAACAGUACGAUGUUCAGAGACACUUUUAAAAGCUGUGAUGAUUUGAAAACAUCACCAAUAGCUUUUAGUGGAGUAAAACUGGAAUCGUGUUCCCAGGAGAACAGGGACAGCGGUGUAGCUUGCAGCCAGAGCAGUGGCGUGGCCUGUAGUCAGAGCACAGUUGCCUCUGCCCUGCCGGCAAGUGGCAAAGACAGUGACUCCAGCCUGAGUCCAGACUCUGGUGCCGAUACUCGGGAAUUCCAUGGCAUCAAGCUCUCCAGCACCAGAGCGCACAGUUUGAAAGUCAGCUCACUGGGACUUGACUUGAGACAAAGUGUUGAUGUAGUCGAUUUGUUAGCACGUGUCACACGUCGAGAAGCUUGUGUGAUUGCCUCACAGUCAAAUAAUUUACAUCAAGACAGCAGUCAAAUUGACUCAUCAUCACAGACACCAUGUCGAGAUGUUCAAAGAGCUGUUCAUGCUGUGCGGACUUUGUAUAGAAGUGUGGAUGAAGUUGAUGCUGUGGAGCCUUACAUGAAUCAAUGUGUUGAUGAAGUUAACACUGUGAAUCCUUCCAUGAGUCAGGGUGUUGAUGAAGUUGACACUGUGCAUCCUUCGACUGUUCAGGGUGUUGAUGAAGUCGACGCUGUGCAUCCUUCCAUGAGUCAGGGUGUUGACGAAGUCGACGCUGUGCAUCCUUGCACGAGUCAGGGUGUUGACGAAGUCGACGCUGUGCAUCCUUCCACGAGUCAGGGUGUUGACGAAGUAGACGCUGUGCAUCCUUCCACGAGUCAGGGUGUUGAUGAAGUCGACGCUGUGCAUCCUUCCACGAGUCGGGGUGUCGGUGAAGUCGACGCUGUGCAUCCUUCCACGAGUCGGGGUGUCGGUGAAGUCGACGCUGUGCAUCCUUCCACGAGUCGGGGUGUCGGUGAAGUCGAUGCUGAGCAUCCUUCCACGAGUCACGGUGUCGGUGAAGUCGACGCUGAGCAUCCUUCCACGAGUCAGGGUGUCGGUGAAGUCGACGCUGAGCAUCCUUCCAUGAGUCAGGGUGUCGGUGAAGUCGACGCUGAGCAUCCUUCCACGAGUCAGGGUGUCGAUGAAGUCGACGCUGAGCAUCCUUCUACGAGUCAGGGUGUCGAUGAAGUCGACGCUGAGCAUCCUUCCACGAGUCAGGGUGUCGAUGAAGUCGACGCUGAGCAUCCUUCCACGAGUCAGGGUGUCGAUGAAGUCGACGCUGAGCAUCCUUCCACGAGUCAGGGUGUCGAUGAAGUCGACGCUGUGCAUCCUUCCACGAGUCAGGGUGUUGAUGAAAUUGACUCUGUGCGGCCUUCCGACAGUCAGGAUGUUGAUGAAAUUGACUCUGUGCGACCUUCCAUGAGUCAAAGUGUUAAUGAAGUUGACUCUGCGUGCCCUUGCACAAGUUGGGGUGUUGAUAAAGUUGAUGCUGUUUGGUCUUCUGUGAGUCAGGGUGUUGAUGAAGUGGACACUGGGCAGCAACACACAAGUCGGAUUGUUGAUGAGGUUGACUAUGUGCAGCAUUCCGGUAAGGGAAGUGUCUGUGAACUGCGCUCUGUGAAAACUCAGACUGAUCUCUGCUUCAUUUCAAAGAGUGACAUUCCAAAAGAAAAGCCCAUUGUUGAUGUCGAUAAAUGUAUGACGUGUUAUUCAAGAUCACUGGAUGGAAUUUUUGUGCAUUCGAAAUAUGCACAUAUGUGCUGUUGCUAUAAAUGCACAGUGAGAGUGUGGAAAACUACAAAACGUUGUCCUCUAUGUAAUUGUAAAGUGAUGAACGUGCUACGCUUGUUCAAAGGAUGUUGAAAAUGUGAGGUAAGAUGUGUGUGUGUGUGUGUGUGUGUGUGUGUGUGUGUAAAUUAAAAUCCCAUAAAGUGCAAUGUUGCAGAAUGCUAGACUUGUCGUACUAGUGAAACACAGUGCUAGUAGUAUAGUGCUUUUGGCAUUGCAACUCUCAAAGAGCUUUUUGUUAAUUUUCUGUUACUGCCAGCUGAAUACAGGUUCACAUUCUUCUGUGCAGUCACUUUCAAAUUAAUGGAUGUGUGUUUCUUUCUCCUAUCUGGUGAAAAGUGGCUAGUAAAGGCACAUUAUUCUGGCCUAUGUAGCAAAUGAUCGGACACCCACAUAACAGUUUUUCAGAUAUGCAUCUUUAAAAUGUAUGAAGCAUAGAGCUCAUGGCACAUAAAAGAUGCAGAUUGAUAAUUUGGAAAAUGUGUGUGUGUGUGUGUGUGUGUGUGUGUGUGUGUGUGUGUGUGUGUGUGUGUGUGUGUGUGUGUGUCUUAGUGGUGUGACCUUUUCUCUUGUGUAGACUUCGUGUUCUUCCCAAGAGUUCCCUUACAUGCAAUGAAAUGAACGGAAUGGUGCAAUAUAGAACAGCAAUUUGUGCCCAUUUAGCCUUCUUUUUGUAUGACGUAUGUGGUGUUUAAAAAUUUAUGCAAAGAACAGUGCAACAAUAUAUCAUAUGUACUGUUGUAAGAAUAAUUUAUUUUUGCUGUUGAUGAGAUCUCAUUAUGUAGUAAAAUGUUGAAUUUUUGAUCUAAUAAACUUGUUAACUUGUUUUUGUAUAA